CCUUCCAAAAUCGUCCCAGCAUUGCUGAAGGUUUAGUCACUUGCUUGUCAAGGGCUGGUACAGGCAGGUAGGCAAACUGGAAAACCUAGUAUUGCACAGCUGAGAGUCAGAGCUCUCAUAGCUAUGCAAAUCAAUACUUCCUCUGCCUUCCCUUUCUCUGCAGCUAGGGCAGCCGACUUUAUUUGUUCUUCCAAGGAAUUCCCCUAAUUUAACAGUAUUUUGAAACCUCUCCUGUGAACACUAUCCCCACUCUUCCUUCUUUCCAGCCUCGUGUCUGAGCUACCACUGACCAUAGUUGCAGCUGAAACAAGAAGGAAAUGAGCUGGCUCCAUGCUCACUUCAGAGACAGAGGUUCUCGCAGAGGACCCUCUUCUGAGACAGAAGCAAUGAAAAGGCAGAGUUCUGCUCAGGAGCAAGAGAUUAUUGAAUUACGGGAACAUAAUGUGGAGGAAAGUGAGACUGAUCAUGACAAGUCUCUAAAUGCUCAAACGAGAAAGGAGAGAGAUGGCUGGAAAUCAUGCAGGAAUGUAGUUUUCUGGAAGUGUAAACUAUGGAUGGUUAUAUUUACAAUAUUUCUAGUGAUCUUCCUGGUCAUUCUCAUCAGCCUAAUUCUUUAUUCUAAUGUUUACACAGACGAGGAUGACUACUGGGAUCCUGAUGAAUUACUAAGCAAUGGAAAUUUUCACAAUUUUUCAGGAACGCUGGAGUUAAUGUGUGGUUUCCCACACUUCUCCUCCGAGGACAUUACUAAGAGGCUAACAGAGGUAUACAGCUCAUCUCCAGCUUUAGGACGUUACUUUAGGUCAGCUCAGGUGAUUUCUUUCAGUAAUGAAAGCUCCACCGUAAUUUAUCAGCUAGUGUUUUCUGUACCACCAUCAACAGAGGGAUUCAUGGAAAACCGUAUGAACCCAGAUUUUAUAAGGAACAUUUUACGUCAGUAUAUUUAUGAUGAAGAUACUCUUAAUCCUGGGACAUCUGAAUGUGACAGGUUAAAGCUCAACCCGACUUCUCUCACAUGUUUUCUAGAUGAUGACUACCAGCGACUAGGUAGGGACUCCAAUGCAUUUAUAUUUGUCCUGAUAGAAAUGCCCAUAUAAAAGUCCCAUGAGCUUUGAAACUAUACUAAAUGCAUGGAACUGCCUCCCCCCAGUGCCAAUUUACUGAUUCACACCUUUGUGCUUUUAGAAUAUUCCUAGGCUAACAAUUCGGCAUUGCAGUGUAGGUAA